UUCCUCACUGCUCAAAACAAGACUCGCUCUACCACACGCACGAACGCACGAAACAAUGUCCGACGCGUUUGAUCGCCCUUUCAGGCGCUUUUUCUUCAACCCUCCGAUCGUCCGUGAAUGGACCGGAUCAACGGCUCUGAUGGACUGGCUCGAGACCCCCAGCUCCCACAUCAUCAAAAUCAACGUCCCAGGGUUUUCCAAGGACGAAAUAAAAGUCCAGUUGGAAGAAGGGAAUGUCCUGAGCAUUCGAGGAGAAGGAGCAAAAGAGGAAAUUCAACCCAAAGACGCGAUUCUGCAUGUUUCGGAAAGGGGGAAAGGGGAUUUCUCCAGAGAGAUUCUGUUGCCGGAAAACGUUAAGACGGAGCAGAUCAAGGCACAUGUCGAUAACGGUGUUUUGACGGUCGUCGUUCCCAAAGACGUGAACCCUAAAUCGAAAUCCAGGAACAUCGCAAUCUCCAGCAAGCUCUGAACGAUUUGCACGUGGAUACGAGGCACGCGUGUGAGAGACGUGUGCAGGGUGGUGAGGCCUGGCGUCACACGUGCCAUCUUCGCCACGUGUGAAUCGUUGCCCGUGCGAGUUGGAAUAGGAUUUAUGGAAAUAGAUUGAACGGCGUUGAUCUUAGUUAGAUUGUAAUGUUCGUGUUGAGUAGUUCUGUGUAGUUUGCUGUAGUAGGUAAAAUGCACGUGAGCUGCGAGUCAUGAAUCAUGUCCGUCUGUCGAUCUGACGGGCAGCAAUGUGGGUGGACUGUUCAUAUAAGUUCAACGAGAAUUUCCUUGAAAUCUAA